AUGAAGUUUGCUUUUUCGUUCCUCCUUGUGACAUGCCUGUUGGCAAAUGUUCUGGGUCAAGACAACGUUACCGCUCCAGAGCUGGAUGAUGUUGAUGAAAUUGUUGACGAGGUUAAUGACAUUCUGGACGAGGCCACAGUGGGACCCUCAGAAGAAGUGCCGGAUGAAGGCAUGAUACCCGAACCUGCUGUGGUUACUGAUGCUCCUGCCGAUGCUACCUUGGCACCCACCGAAGUCCCAGUCGCCGCUGUUGUGACUCCAGCUCCCACCGAAGCAGUGGUGACUCCAGCUCCCACCGAAGCGGUGGUGACCGAGGUAGCGCCAGAGGUCACUACAGCUCCCUCGGAUCCAGCCGAAACUGUCGUCGAGACGGAAUCGACGGCUUCCCCCACUACAGCUCCCCCGCCAGCCGAAACGGAUUCCAACACAUGCGCCCGGGCAACAAACAACACGGACGAAAAGUGUGCUCAGCUACUCGUUAAUAUCACGGCAGAAUGUGAUUGCUACAACUUUUGCGAUGGGAAAGUGAUUGGCUGCUUGGAGUUUGGAGACCCCACCUCCUUUAGUUGUACAGGGGAACAUGUGGAAGGUUGUACAGAGGAUCAAAAGGCGACGGCUGCCCCCACUGCAGCGGAAACCACGGCCAGUGGCAAUGCCAUUCCGGAAACGGAUCCUCCCAUGUCUUUGGAGACGGAAGGGUUCACUUGUUCUGCGGGUGGUAUCGAGACGAACACAGAACAAUGCAAUCAAUACAAGGAGACCAUUAGUGUCAAAUGUGAAUGUUCUUACUUUUGCUCGGGGGGCUCUUUGGUGGGUUGCCAAGACGAUGGUGAAACAGGUACCUUUGGAUGCAGUGGAGCCGAUCCUAUUUUUUGCUAUGAGAAUCCUGGUACUCCUGCUCCCGAUGCUGUUUCAGCUGGUGUGGCUCUUCAGAAAAAUAAUAAUAUGUGGACUGUGGCCGUGGCACUGUUGGUUGUUGCGGUAUAA